AUGCAGUCUUUACUGAGGCAUAUCAUGUUCUCAUUCGUGCUGGUCACGAUGGUAGCGGCCUGGCCAGCGCAAGUAGCGAGUCGAUCUGGAUCGCUCAAGCAGUACAUCGGUGCCUUGAAUCCCGGAUCUUACUCGUUGAUCUUCAAAGUCCGCGAAGGCGUGCUGGAAGAAAUGACACUCAAAGACAAGUCCGGGUCCGUCUAUGCAGACACUGCGCCGGGCUGGGGCUGGGGGCCUUCGGAUAUCGCAAAUGAGAUCCCGUUCGAAGUCGAGGAUCAUGCGAAAGAGAUUGUCUUCACUGCUUCCGAGCCGAGCGGUCAUGCCAAGCUCGAAUAUGAGUUGAAGAAGACGGAUGCGGAAAAGGCUGUACUGCUCAAGACGGGCCAGAUCGAUUGAGCCGCGCUGUCUUCGAGCAUUGCGAAGGUCCCCAAGGAAGUAGACCACGUCCUG